AUGCAGAUACGAUCUAUUUGGAUCAGCUUCAUGGUCUUCGCAGGUUGCGGACAUCUUCGAUCUUUAUAUUUGAUUCUGCCCCCGUAUCGCGGCAAGGGCUUUACUUCCGUUGGGCGUUUGCAGAGAAGCAGGAUGAGACCGCGUCAGAAAGCUCAUGGGCGCAGUCUUUCAACGAAAGGAGUGACCCAGAAAACGAAGGAAGAUCUGGAAGGUUUGAGCACUGCACUUCCGAAGCGAACAGACAUCCUUUUUGAGCAAUUCGCUGCAGUGCUUGCGGACCCGAUCCGAGGUGAGGCAUCGCCUCCAUCCGUGCUGAGCCAUGUUUGGAGCUUCCUGAAAGAAAGAUGCAAACCAGGAAGUCCUGCAGGAACUUCGUUGGUGAUAUCAAUUUCCGGAGGAGUUGAUUCCAUGGUGUUGAGCCACUGUAUGAUCAUCUUGAGAAAUCAGUGGGGGUUGAACUUGAGUGCCGUGCACAUUGACUAUAAUAUUCGACCCAGCAGUCAAGCGGAAGCUGCUUUUGUUGAGACUUGGGCGAGGAAAGUAGCACUUCCCUUGACAAUGGUUCGGUUAAACAGCACUGAAUCGCUAAAUCUCUCCCGCACGGCUUUCGAAGACUUCUCUAGGCGUGCGAGAUAUGAAGCCUAUGAAAAAGUGAUGCAAAACAGAGCCAUGGCUGUACUGACGGGGCAUCAUGUAGAUGAUGCGGCUGAGAACGUUCUAUCAAAUCUGUUUAUGGGGCGUAGCCUAUUCCACAUUCCAGUCAUGGGCCCAGAAGCAUUCAUUGAGCGUGUGCGCAUUUGGCGUCCGUUUUUUAGUUUGCCAAAGAGAACGAUUUAUGCUUUUGCCCAUGCGCAUGAGAUCCCAUAUUUGAAGAACAUUGACGCACCAUCCGGACGAAGGGCUGUUUUACAUGGCAGCGUGAUCCCCACUCUUGAAGAUGCGUUUGGCAGAAGGACAAUACAGAAUAUUGCAAGAGUGGGCCAGUCUGCAAAAGAUUGGAAGGAGAUUAUCGACCAACAGAUUUUGACUCCGCUGUGGCGAAAAGUCGAUAUCUAUCCUCACGGUGCAAUUGUUCCUUUUGACGAAUUUCCGCUGCUGGAGGCCUUCUGGGAGGAGGCAUUCGUUGGAAUUUUCCAUGCCAUGGGCUGCUCCAUGCUGUCCAAGCCUUCAAUAGCGCAGCUGGUUUCGGCUCUGCAUUCAGAGAAAUCGAGAUGGCUCCCAAUUCACAAGCAAUUCGAUUUGUUUGUUGACACAAAGAAGCGCCAAAUACUGAUUGUGAACUCAAAACUGUUCCCUGGGCCUGAUGAAAUGGGUUGCUGGAAAAUGAGCUCUUCAGAGGAAACUGGGGCUUACAGCGCCAAUAGCGUGGUGGGAUUGUUAAACGGGUAUGUGACGAUUCCCAACAAGCACAGCCGACAUAGCCUGGAAGAACUUCAGCUGCCAGCAGAAGUGGCAGCCCGAUUGCCAUCUCCUGAAACCAUUAGAAGCUCAGACGGCUUCACUGAAGCAAAAGCUCUUCUCGAUUCAAGUCAUAUGUGCAAUGUCACUUUUCAGCUCACGGCGAAGAUGCCCAAACCAGUCCGAUAUCCAUGUGAUGUGUCAAGAGUGGUGCCAAAA